AAGGAAUACAGCUAUGAAUCCCACUAAGUUGUGGGUUGAUUGAUCUACUAUAUUGCAUGCUAUGUACUAAAAGAGACGUCCACUAAUAUUCCAAGAUAUAAAAUUUUAUAAUGUCAUCAACACCAUUAGAGUCACCGGCACCAGUGGAUUCUCCGGCGGCCACUUCACAUCCUCUACCACCAUCUCAACCACCAGCAGGGAUGGAUAAUACUAGUCCACCAACAAUCCCGCAAAUAGCACCAUUUGCUUCCCCACCAUCUCCUGUGGUGGUGGUGGUGUCGCCACCUGCAAUACCUCCUGUUUCCAAUCCAACACCUCCUCCGGUGACUCCAGUCCUAUCGCCACCACCAAUGACAAUUCCAGUUUUAUCACCCCCAGUUGCCUCAACACCACUACCUGUGGAGCUAGCUCCACCACCUGAGGCUUCUAUCAAUCCUAUAAUUCCAGUACCUCCUCCAACAUUGCUACCUGAGCCUCAAAUACCAUCAGUUACUUCUCCACCACCAUUGCCAACGAGACCAUCACUACCCCAACCACCACUACCUUCUCCUCCUCUGCCAACAAGUCCUCCAUCUCAGCCACCAUCAACUUCUUGGCCACCUCCAUCUCCACCAAAACCUGCUCCUCCAUCUCCAGCAACACCGACACCCAUUAUGCCUCCUCUGACAAGGCCUAGUUACCGACCAGCACCACCAUCACUCGCAUUGACGCCACCUCCACCUCUACCCACAUCUAUGGUAUCUUCACCUCCAUCACUCGCUUUGACGCCACCUCCACCUCCACCACCACCCAAAUCUAUGGUAUCUUCACCACCAUCACUCCCAUUAGAAAAAGGAAGUCUGCCCAUGAGCUCAAAACAGUUUCAUAUAUCAACAGGGCUCGUUGUUGCAUGUGCCUUUGGUGGGGUGUUUUUGCUACUUGUGCUUGGCCUUUUCUUUAUCUGUUGCAAAGAUAAGAGAAGGAGAAACCACAGCACCAAAGAGCAUUACAAUACAUCAAAAAUCUCGGCCCCAACAGAUAACAAUAAAAAUGCUCACGCCCACCAUUCUGAAAUGAAGUGUUUUCAGUCAGGGGAUUGUGUUAUCACUGUGCAAACAAAGACCUUUCUGCCACCUCCUUCAACCAGCAACACACGUUCUCGUUCCAUAAAUUCACCAUGGACUGCGAAUGCAUUUCCACAUCAAGGUCCUCCUGAAGUUGCCUUUAGUUUUUCGAAGGGAACUUGCACAUAUGAUGAACUAGUGGUGGCCACUAAUGGAUUCUCAGAUGCCAACCUUCUUGGACAAGGUGGUUUUGGCUAUGUUCACAAGGGGUUCUUUCCUUGUGGGAAGGAAAUUGCAGUUAAGCAGCUGAAGGAGGGAAGUAAUCAGGGUGAGCGCGAGUUUCAGGCAGAAGUUGAGAUCAUAAGUCGGGUGCAUCAUAAACAUCUUGUUUCAUUGGUAGGAUAUUGCAUUAAUGGUUCUGCUAGACUGCUUGUUUACGAGUUUGUUCCAAACAACACUUUGGAGUUUCACUUGCACGGAACUGGGCAGCCUGUUCUAGAGUGGGAAACCAGAUUGAAAAUUGCUAUAGGGUCUGCAAAAGGACUAGCAUAUCUGCAUGAAGAUUGUCAUCCGAAAAUCAUUCAUCGUGAUAUCAAGGCAUCCAAUAUUCUCCUUGAUCAUAAUUUUGAGGCAAAGGUUUCUGACUUCGGACUUGCCAAAAGUUUUUCUGAUGCCAGUGCUAGCAGCACUCACAUUUCCACCAGAGUGGUGGGGACUUUCGGCUACAUGGCUCCAGAGUAUGCAUUAAGUGGCAAGCUAACAGAUAAAUCAGACGUCUAUUCCUAUGGAGUUGUGCUUUUGGAGCUAAUAACUGGGCAUCCACCUAUCAGUCAAGCAGAAUCAGUAAUGAAUGAAAGCUUGGUUGUCUGGGCUAGGCCUUUACUCACUCAAGCUCUGGAAGAUGGCAAUUUUGAAGCUCUUCUCGAUCCACGACUAGGGACUCGGUAUAAUAACAGUGAGACGGCUAGCAUGGUUGCUUGUGCUGCUGCUUGUGUGCACCCUUCAUCCUGGAUCCGACCACGAAUGAGCCAGAUUGUUCAUGCUUUGGAAGGCGGAAUGUCUGCACAGGAUCUCAAUGCAGGAAUAUUCAGGCCAAGAAAUAACACACUGUAUGGUUCUUCAAUAAGUUCAAGUUCCAGUACCUACCAAUACAAGGAGAACAUGGAGAGUUUCAACAUGGCAAGGGGCAGCACGCAGGGUGGCAUCAGUGGGAACACUGGAACCACCAGCGAGUAUGGUCUUAACCCAUCUAGCUCAAGUAGCAAGGCUAGCAGCAGAUAACCAAGACAUGCGUAUAGCCAAGUUAUUAGAGAGAGUUUUGAUGACUAAUGUAAUGCCCUUUUUUCUUUCUUGAUUCUCUACCAGUCACGCUUUUAGAGGAAAAUCGUGUUAGCUUCAUUGCUAAGCAUACAGCCUACUAGUGGAAUGUACAUACAGAUUACUGAUACACAUAUUCUUUACGAGUCUGGGCAUGAACAAUUAGAAGAAUGAGGUUGUCGUUCAA